GCUAAAACUAGGUGGAUUUGUAACAUGAUUUCUUUUCGUUUUCCUUAAAUAAAUUGUUUGUUUGUUGUUUUUGUUUUGUAUUGUUUCUGUUUUAUUUUGGAAUUACAGAUCAAGGCUUCUGCAAGCAAUAGCAAAGAUUCGGUUAUGGCGGUUCAUAUACCUGGACUCAUUGCAAUCAUUGUGUUCUACUUGAUUAUCUUAUCUAUUGGGCUGUGGGCAGGUCGGAAAGCCCGGGAGAGGGGCUCAAAUGUUGAAAAUAUGAUGAUAGCAGGAAGAAAAUUUGGACUUGUUGUAGGGUCAAUCACACUUACUGCUACCUGGAUAGGAGGAGGUGCAAUAAAUGGAACAGCCGAAGGCGUUGUUAGAUAUGGUCUUGUAUGGUGCCAGGGUCCUCUUGGAUAUGCAUUAUCGAUGUUCAUAGGAGGAUACUUCUUUGUUGAUAAGAUGAGAUCCCAAGGAUACGUGACAAUGCUAGACCCUUUUUCGCAUAAAUAUGGAGAAAAGAUGGGCGGACUUCUCUUUAUUCCUGCUGUUCUAGGUGAAAUAUUUUGGUCAGGUGCAAUUCUGGCUGCUUUGGGUUCUUCCUUGUCCGUUAUACUAGAACUGGAUUCCACUAUUUCUAUUAUUGUAUCAGCUUGUAUUGCGGCACUUUAUACCUUCUUUGGGGGACUGUACUCUGUCGCAUACACAGACAUAAUACAGCUAAUCUUCAUAUUCAUAGGUUUGUGGCUUGCCCUUCCGUUUGCCUUCACGCACGAUGCAGUCGGUGACAUAUCAAAGAAUGCAUCGGCUAAAUGGAUAAAAUCGUUGGAUCCAGCAUCCUCAGGGAUUUUCAUUGACAAUUACUUGCUUCUUAUACUUGGUGGAUUUCCCUGGCAUACCUAUUUUCAGAGAGUACUUGCCUGUUCAACGGUAAGAAAUGCCCAGAUUGCUUCAUAUAUAUCUGGAGUAGGUAUAUUAGUAUUUACCACACCAUCCGUUCUCAUGGGUGCUAUAGCAACCGUAACAGACUGGAACCAGACGACUUAUUCUGAAGAAGUGCAACUUCCCGAAAAAGACUUAAACCUUGUAGUUCCGCUCGUUUUGGAGUAUUUGACACCUAGAGUAGUGGCAUUUAUUGGAUUAGGUGCAGUGUCCGCUGCAGUUAUGUCGUCUGCUGAUUCAACAAUAUUGUCUGCUAGUACUAUGUUUACCCGAAACGUGUACAAGAUCGUUUUCAGACCAAAGGCAUCUGACACCGAGCUUAUCUGGGUAAUGCGAAUAUCCAUACUAUUUGUCGGUACCUUGGCAGCUGUAAUGGGCAUUGUGGUAGAAUCCAUUUAUACUCUCUGGUUUCUUUGUUCGGAUCUUAUUUAUGUUCUGGUAUUUCCACAAAUAUUGUGUGUAAUCUACUUGCGUUGGACUAACACAUACGGGUCAAUAGUUGGCUAUAUACUUGGUGCAUUCUUUCGUUUGGCAGGAGGAGAAGCGGCCCUUGGACUUCCGGCUCUGAUUAAAUACCCAUUUUAUCAUGACAAAGAUGGUCAGCUAUUUCCUUUUAAAACACUUUCCAUGCUUAUAUCCUUAACGGCUAUUAUUUCUGUUUCCGGUGUAACCAAAUACUUAUUUGAACAUGGUGUAUUGCAUAGCAAAUUGGAUGUGUUUAAAUGCGUUGUAACCAUGGAAGGUGAAAACAUAGAAACUGGUGGAAGCAUAAUCGAAAUGUCAAGAAAUAAAACAAAACAAGGAAUAGAUGGUCGCAUCAACGAAGCAUUAGAUAUAUCAGGAGAAGAUAUGAAUACCGGUAAACCAGAAAAUAAAGAAAAAAUAAUGUAAAUUUUUUAAAUGAAAACCUUUAGAAUUAUUGAAAAUGUUUUCUCAGUACUAGUAGAUAAAGAUCCUAAUGCCCAAAAUUUAAGAGAGAUAUGAACAGCAUUUUGGAUAACAAGUUCUUAAACACUCGGACACAUUGUAAUACAACAAAAUACUGAAAACCUGUUUUAAUGUUACCUUUUGUAUUUGAACAUACAUAAGUUGACUAUAAUCUAGUGGUUUCAUCGAUCACUUAGACUAUCAUCGGCGUCAGAAAGUUCGCCACUGUGUAUAUUGUACUAUUUCAUAUUUUAAAUGAUAUAUUAUGCGCAUGUUUUCUCUUACUUUACAUGACAUUUUGUGUAUAUAAUUGAUUUUUUAUGGUACUUACUGUCCUAUGCUUAUUAUAUUGAAUAAUCAACCAGCCAGGGUAGCUCUUUGAGAUGUUUUAGAAAAGUCAUGAGAAUGAGAUACCACCGUCUACUCGUUAGCAUUUUUGCACUUUCAACUAGCUAAAGCUAUGUACUUAUAUAUGUUAUAUGGUUACAGUCAAUAAAAUAAA